AUGUCAUUAUCAUCUCCUCAAGUUGAAUCUAUAAUCGAAUUCACACCUAUUUCUCAACAUGAUCAUGAUCAUGGUCAAACGUUGAAUAAUAACAAUGAUCACAAUCACAUUCGUGUCAAUAAUAAUAUUAAUCGUCCCAUAGUAAUCGAGCCUAUUGAGAAACCUUUUGAUUGGGAACUUUUAGUGAUAAUAUUGCGUUUGGCCUUAGUUGGAACAUUAAUCGUCGGAGUUUCCUUACGCGAAACAAAAGUCAACAAACCAAAAACAAUUCCAAAUCCACCAAGAAUCUUCAUCAACAAGCUUGACAUUCCUGAAAUCAAAAUCAUUGAUGGUGAAUUAUCGGCUAUAUGGGAAAUAACAUUAACCAUAUCCAAUGUUAUGAACGCGACGAUAAACAUAGGAAGACUCGACACUACGUUAUGUUACAAGGAAGAUGAUACAUUGGCAUGGAAAACUCCUAUAUUGCGAAAAUAUGAUGUAAAUAGCCCGAUUUUCUCUUUGAUCGGGAAUGAUGCGAAGAAGGUGCAUUUUAAAUUGAAUACAACAGGUUGGGAAAAAGAUCAAGCUGUUGUGGAUGAUAGUGUGAUUCAAUCUAUAGCACAAGAUAUGCAAAAAGGUAAUACUAGGUUUAGUUUGCAUAUGUUGGUUUUGGGAGAAGUUGAAUCUAGUGAUGGGUGGGUUUUACCUUUUGGUAUGUUCCCAAUAUGCAAAACUUUGGGAGUUAAAUUUGAAAGGGAUGAUCACAAAGGUGAGACAGGCACAAUGAUUGAUUCCAAUCCUAUAGAGUGUUUAGGUAUUGUUGAAUGGGAAGAAGAAAGAAUGGGAUGA